AUGAACUUUCAAGAUUCUGCCAGAAUCGGCACACUUUCCUGGGGAUGCUGCGCAUGUCGCGAGGUAUCACCUGCUGUUAAUUUGCUCACGCAAUCGCAAGUGCUUAUUCUUGUAAACUAUUAUGUAGUUGAAGAUGGUCUCUACUUUUCACACAGUGAGAGACGUUAG